AUGGAGAAAAGUGUAAACUUCUUGUUGAACAAGAAAGAAAAAGAUCAAUCAUCAAAUAAAACGAAUGUAAUGAAUGAAUCGUUAAGUCAGAAAGUGACUGAAACCACUUCUGACCUACUUAUUUCACUUGCAAAUGAACCUUCAUUGGCUUAUUUCCAUAUUCAAGAACAUAUUAGAAAAUCAGUUCCAGAAAUUUUGAAAUACCAAUUGAAAGUCGAACAAUUAGAUUCACAAUUACGUGGUUCUUGUUAUGAUCUUGACUAUGCACUUGAUAAUGUUAGAAGUAUCUCAAAAGCUACAGUACAUUUUAACCGGAUUAACGAGCUCUUGAAGUCGAGCUUAUUUGCUAAACUUCAGUUGGAUUAUGCACGCAUGAACGCUUUAAGUCAUAAAGAGCCACAAAAACGAAGACCAACUCAAUGCAACCAAGAUGUACACACUGACGUUUCUUUCCAAAACAAAUGCACAGAGAUCCCUACAAACUCACGAACACUAAGCCACAUAUCCAGCACAGUGUCGACAGCAGCUGUACAAGUACGUGAUCAAGCUAUCAAUUUAACCAGGAGAGUUUUGUGGACACAAAGUGCCGAUAUAUCUUACUCUAUCAUCUCACCCAUUUUAUCUGAUUCUAAAAUCACUAACUCCUCGAGUUCAUUUGAUGAGAAACCAAAGUUUUUGGAAGCCUAA